CACCAUCAUAUCAAAUGCAUUGUAUAUACCAAUUCUCGUUUUAUUCUAAUGGAAUAUAAUUUGCAGUGUCACAAUUUAUCCCGCAAGUGAUCAGAUCGGUGACGGACCGAGUCCGACAUCGGUAGAAGCAUAUAUAAAAGCAUAAAAGACAACAAAGUAACCCACAGAGACCACUGCAGCAACCCCUCCUCUGUUUCGAUAUAUAUCUCAUCCACCAUGGCAUAUCCUACAACCAACCGUACGUGGCGGAUCCUUCACCAUGCCACCCAAGAGAACUAUGCCGUGGGCGCCUACAACUGUUAUAACACUGAUGGAGUCAUGGCUGUCAUCCGAGCAGCAGAGAGAAAGCGCUCUGCCGCCAUCAUCCAACUCUUCCCGUGGACCAUGCACUUCCAAGGGCCUGAAUUUAUCCGCUAUGUGGUGAAUGCAGCACAUGCAGCGAGUGUACCCAUCGCAGUACAUUUAGAUCACUGUAUCCAGCCUGAAGAUGUUAAAGAGGCCCUCGCCCUUCCAUUUGACUCUAUCAUGAUCGAUGCGUCCACUCUGGAUGAAGAGGAUAAUAUCCGGUACUGCCAGGAAGUGGUCGAACAGGCACGUCCGUUGAAUAUCACCAUCGAAGCUGAGAUGGGUCGUAUCGAGGGUGGAGAGGAUGGAUUGCCCACUGUCGAUAUGGAAACUAUCCUAACGAAACCAGGCGAAGCUCAAGCGUUUGUUCAGCGUACUGGCGUCCACUUUCUGGCUCCAUCUUUUGGUAAUAUCCACGGCCCUUAUCCGGCUGGUGGUGCUGAGAAGUUCUGGGAUCUACCACGUCUCGAAAAUAUCGGCAAGUCAGUAUCAAACACACCGCUGGUCCUCCACGGUACACACCCCGUAUCCGACGAACUCUUCCUCAAGGCUAUUUCCUGUGGCGUGCGAAAGAUCAAUUUAAAUCGAACUGUUCGGGAUGAAUAUACGAGUUUCGUCACUCAGAAUGCUGGCUCGUUGGAGUUGACGAUGCUUCAGAUGCAGGGGGUGGAGGUGUAUGCGAAAUCGAUCGAGAGGAUGAUGGAUGUUUUUGGAUCGUCGGGGAGAUAUUAA